UGGCGCAGGAAGAGGCUGACACUUGCCGAGUAGUGAAGAGAAUUAACCAGGCUCUGUAGGGAUAUAAGGGCGGGGCUGGAGGAGGAUUUUUGGAAGGGGACACGUGAUCACGUACGAUAAGUGAAAGGGAAAGUGAACAGAUAUGGCAUGCAUAGGAGGAGCACUUGGUGUCCCUUACGCCCUAUGAUUAGGUAGGACACCACAUUUUCUGUAGUCGGACAGAGAAGUCUACAGUGGCACAGUGUACAGUGGAACUUUAGAAUGGCAGCCUAUCACAUUUUAGUGUGGACCUGAAUGUGCAUCUAUCAACAAUCUGAAUGCAGUUCCACUUCAGCAACAGAGAUGGCAAGAAGACCACUGCCUGCUGUUAUAUUGCAAUACUGUUGGGUGUUGAGUUAUUUUGCCUGAAUGUUGAUAGCAGCAGCUGUUACUGCAGCAGAAGCCUCCUGCAACACACAGUGAAGAAGACUGGGAGCAGAGAGCAGGCAGCUCAGCACUGGACAGAGGGAGUGCAUGCUUAGCAGUGCCCAGAGCCACACACAGGCAAGAGGAGCUCCCAUCCACCAGGAUAUCACACAAGGACAUACAAUCGGCUAUAGACUAGGUGCCUUAUCAUCAUCAUUAGCUGUCAUCUACUCAGUGUGAUCAAGUAUUUCCACAAUGAGCCGAAGAGUAGUGCGCCAGAGCAAAUUCAGGCACAUUUUUGGACAGCCUGUAAAAGCAGACCAAAUGUAUGAAGAUAUCCGGGUAUCUAAGCUGACUUGGGACAGCUCUUUCUGUGCCGUAAAUUGUAAAUUCCUGGCCAUUAUUGUGGAAUCUAGUGGUGGAGGGGCCUUUAUAGUGUUACCAUUAACUAAGACAGGACGUGUGGAUAAGAAUCAUCCCACAGUCAGCGGUCAUACAGCACCGGUACUGGAUAUUGAUUGGUGCCCCCACAAUGAUAAUGUCAUUGCCAGUGCGUCAGAUGACUCCACAAUCAUGGUUUGGCAAAUCCCAGAUUACACACCAGUGCGGUCGAUAACGGAACCUAUUGUAACGCUGGAAGGUCACUCUAAAAGAGUGGGAAUUAUCACAUGGCACCCCUCAGCCCGCAAUGUGUUACUGAGUGCAGGCAGUGAUAACAUGAUUAUAAUCUGGAAUGUGGGGACUGGUGAGGCUCUUAUUACUUUGGAUGAAAUGCAUAGUGACCUCAUCUACAGUAUCUGCUGGAACUAUAAUGGAAGUCUCAUAACAACUACCUGCAAAGAUAAGAAAUUGCGCGUUAUAGACCCUCGGAAGCAAGAAAUAGUGGCUGAGAAAUGUGGGGCACAUGAAGGGUCUCGGCCGGUCAAGUCAAUUUUUUUGUCUGAUGGCAAAAUAUUCACCACCGGUUUCAGCAAGAUGAGUGAACGGCAGAUGGCUCUGUGGGAUCCGAGUAACUUUGAAGAACCAAUUGCCUUACAAGAAAUGGACACCAGUAAUGGAGUGUUACUUCCUUUCUAUGACCCUGACUCCAGUAUAGUCUACCUCUGUGGCAAGGGAGACAGUAGUAUUCGAUACUUUGAAAUAACAUCAGAGGCGCCCUACGUCCAUUACUUGAGUACCUUCAGCAGCAAGGAACCCCAGAGGGGAAUGGGUUUCAUGCCCAAGAGGGGCUUGGAUGUCAGUAAAUGUGAAAUUGCCAGAUUUUACAAACUGCACGAGAGGAAAUGUGAACCCAUUGUUAUGACAGUCCCAAGAAAGUCAGACCUCUUCCAGGAUGAUCUGUACCCAGACACACCUGGACCUGAACCAGCCCUUGAAGCCGAUGAAUGGUUUGCAGGUCAGACUGCUGACCCCAUAUUGAUAUCACUCAGGGAUGGCUAUGUUCCUGUGAAGAACAGAGAACUUAAAGUCACCAAGAAAAACAUUUUGGACAACAAACCACCAACUGGGCCACGCAGAAGUUACUCUUCCUGUGAAACCGGCUUCUCAAAAGUCUCUCUAGAAGAACUUAUGGAAGAAAUCAAAUAUUUGCGAGCCACUGUUGAGUCUCAAGAGAAGCGCAUCUCAAGUUUAGAAAACCUACUGGAAGAAUUUGCUAAUGGAACCGACUGAGCCGAACUGUGAAAUCCUGCCAUCCGGCCGAGAAUGCACUUCAACUAUAACAUGCCCUCUUUUCCUUGCAAGCAAACUUGAUUAUGUUUUCCAAGAGAUGAUGGAGCCAAUGUAUGGACUCCAAACAGAAGGCCCCGUGUUUAUGCCUUUCAUUGUCAUGGAAGUCUACAGAGACCUUCUUCCAUGGGGUUGGUUAUGUCUAAGGGAUGGGGAUAAAGACAUUUUUUUUUUCUUUUGGCAAAUCAUUAAUGGACAGACAUUUGCAAGCUUUAGGCUGCUUUGACUGACAAGUGGGACACGUAGCAGACUGAAUUAAAAGAUUUCAUAAAUUGUGAAAAUGGGACAUAUUACCUUGGACAAAAUUAGAAGCUCAUAUCAGUAUCUCUUUUACUGCUUUUCAAGUCAUCUUCAUUUAAACAAAAAUAUGCUAUAGAUCAGGUACACAUAUUACUAUUAUUUUUUCAAGAUAUAUUUUUUGGAACACAAUUUGUUUAUUUUUAUAUAGAAUAUUUCAUGCAUAAAUGUGUACAACAGAAGCAGCCAUUUGUAAGUCAAAUUUGGGUUGGACUGGCCCACUAGACUACACAAGGAUCCUCCAUUGGGCCUAUAUUAUAACACUGUACUUGCCACAAAGGUCCAGCAGAAGAAAACCUCAUCUGAAGCUGGAUUGGGAACCCACCAAUCUCUGCUCCAGAUAAUUAUUCUAUUCACAAAUACCCGUUAGGAAUGAUAUAUACUGUAUCCACAUGAUGACAGUAUCAUUAAGGAUGUAAUGAAAGGUGGAUGUAUAGGUGAUAGUUCCUUAGAGUUGUUUCCUCUAGUGAACCCAAGGAACAUACGUUCAGCACUGGGUCAAUACAAUAUGCCUGAGUCGUCCUGAGACAUUAUCUUAAGACGGAAUUCAAUUUAUUUUAUAGGUUAUAGGAAAACAUUUUAUUUAUUGAGCAGAAUGGCUGCCUCUGCUGUGCUAUAUUUUAUAGUGCUCAAUAGUAAUAUAUAGUAUAUGUGGAUUUAGUAAGAGCCCAAGACCUCUUUUACAUUAGGUUCCUUACAAACUAAGAAGAGAUACAGUACAUAAUUCUUACAAUGGAAAAGGAAGUCAGUACCAAAGUUACAGAUGAAUAUCUGUGUGAGCUGCAACUGCUCAUGGGGCCAUAGCAUUUGCUGUUCCCUCUUACCCUCUGCUACUAUGUGCUUCUCUAAGGCAGAUCUACUGCCAGUGCCUAUGACUGUUCUUCCAUACUAUAUCUACAGUUGUUACUUCUCUACUCACCAUGUGUGAAUACAUCCUAAUGUAAUAUCCUGUUAUCAAAGACCUUUGUCCUCCUCCAUAGUUUGAGGAGGGAGAGUAUAUGGAGUAAGACCAAGAAACAAAAGUAAAAAAAAGUUUGUCUAAAUGGUAAAUCCCUACCUGUUCUCAACACUGUAUUGUUGUAUGCUGUGUAUCACUGUAUUGUUGCGAUGUUUUUGACACUAUGUGGCCUACUUGGGUUUACAGAAGCCAAUAUUACUCUUGUGCCCCUAAAGCUCCAUUGACAUGAAAUCAUUUUGCACUCCACUGAUGUCCAAUGUAAGGCUACGUUCCCACCACGUUUUUGCCAUACAGUUCCCGUAUACGUUUUCAAUUUGAAAACCGUACAGAACCGUAUUGAAAACCGUAUGCCAAACGAUGCAUCCGGUUUGUACUUUUUGCGUCUUGUACGGUUUUGUCAAUUUUUUUCCCCGUAGCCUACCAUGGUUUUUGGUCUGGAUGAAAACCUGUAUUGAAGCGUUGUACGGUUCUUUCAACAUGGGAGUCAUUGGGAACCGUAGAGAACUGUAUGUGCGUAUGGUUCCAUCCGGUUUUCACCAUAUGGUUUUUGACUUACACGGUGCACGCCAAAAGUUUUUUUCUUGGAAUUUCAACAAAGAAGUGAAACUUUAUUCAUAAUGGAAUAAAAAGUUGAAAAUGUAUAACAGAUGCAACCGGACAUCAUUUUUCAAACCGUAUACGGGUUAAUUUUGAUACGGUUUAGUCCGGUUUGGUGGAAUCCGUUUUUAAUCAAAAUCCUGAUACGGGAACUGUAUUGCAAAAAACAUGGUGUGAAUGCAGCCUAGCUGUGAUUAUUAUCUUUUGUAUUGGUGGGAGGGAUUUAAAUAACACGCAUGUUGUGUCCCACUGAUCAUUAGAAUAGGGGUCCGUAGCCCACAUUCCUGCUGCCAUUCUAUUAGUCUAUGGGAAUGAGGGAAACAGCCAAGCACAGUGCUGAUGCAUUUCUUAUGUGGGAAAGCCAUAUUAGAGAUUAAUUUUCACAGCCAUUUUAGGAUCUGAAUUACAGAUGCAGUACCACCACAGCUCUACAGAACCAAAGUUAAGGUGGACAUACACCUUCAAUCUAUUUUUAUCUUUUUUGAUCUCCCCACACACCUGACUGUUCAGCAUGGCUGAGCAUUCAUGUGUCGUCUAUGGAGAGUGGAGGGGUAAGCUGGAGCCAGAGAGCUCUGGUGAUGGCUCAUCUCUCACAGAAUAAUAUGGUUGGGCAGUUAAAAUACAACAUAAAUGACUCUUCUCUCCCCUAACAUGAUCUGUCGGGGAAGAGUCUGGAAGCCCCCAUACACUUUAGACCUUUUUCUAUAGUGUCUGGACUUCAGAUGUUACAACUGUAGUAUGGACCCUAAAUAAGGUCAUAGUACAGCUUUGGAAACUGGUAUAAAUUACCUUAAACCAGAAAACAAUGUAGACACAUGACUGACAGACCGAAAAAUUGUCCAAGGAAUUGAAUUUUUAAUACUUAUGAGAAUGUUUAUGAAAAACAUCAAUAAAAAAGCCUAUGGAUUUUCUGACCGUCACUUAUGGCAUAUCUAAUAAUAUUCCAUACAUAUUUGGCUUCUUUCACAUCUUAGAAAAUCCAGGACAAAAUAUCACUGCAUGCCGCACUCUUUUGUUUGGUAAAAUACCUGACACCAUGAUGGACACCCAAUUAAAGUCAAUAGGCUUCUGGAUUGACAGAACAACAACAGAAAAAUGAUGGUGGAAUGAACUUAGCCUUCGUAGUGAGAAAAAUCAUUUAAAUAUAACAUGGCUAAGGGUUGUGCUAAGGUUAAACGUGAUCAUCUAUCAACAUAGGGAAUAGUUAUCUGACUGGUUUAGAUAUGACCAAUGGGAACCCCUGCCCACCCCCCCACCCCCACCCCAAUCACAAGAACAGCGAUUGGGUCUAUGAGACAAUGGUCGAGCCUCUUACUCAGCUAUCAUCAGAAGUCCCAUAAAAGGUGAAUGGAGGAGCAGCAGCUGAGUGCACUUCCACUCCAUUUACCCAUGGGACAAUUGACCUCAGUCAGGGUCCCUUUUGGAUUGGACCUCCAUCGAUAAGCUAUCCCUUAUCAUAGCAUAAGUAAUGACUUAUUAUGUUGGGAUAACCCCUUUAAAGUGGUUAUUUAGGAAUAGAAAAGCAGAGCUGAUUUCUUCCAAAAACAACACCACACCAGUCAUCAGGUUUUCUGUGGUAUUACAACUUGGCUCCAUUUACUUCAAUGGGACUGAAGUGCAAUACUGCACACAACCUGAGGACAUGUGUGGUGCUGUUUUUGGCAGGAAUCAACUCUGAUUUUCUAAUCCUUUAUGAACAUGGAUUGCUUUAAUUAUCUUGUGAUCUCGAAUUAGAUCUCAGUCUCAUACGUUGUUAUUAGUACUGUACUGACAGACUCAUGCCUGAUGAGUGAAUGUUCUGCUGCACCAUGCCUUUAACACAGCGGUUUUACCUAUGAGCCUCUAACACAGCGCAACAUACAGUGAUCCAGCAGGGGUAAGCUGGGAGAGAUGAGAUUAGAGCUAAGAGGAAGCAUUAGGGUACGUUCAGAUGGGCGGAUCCACAGCGUAUUUUACGUUGUGGAUCCGCUGACGAUGGACCCCUAGUUGGUGCCUCAGAUGUGCCUGCUCGGAGGGGCAAUACGCCGCUAUGAGCAAACACUGUGUUGUGAGCGAGUUGCCGCGCGCAUAUGUAGUAUACUCGCACACAUUGAGGCUGCUCUCUGCCUACCUCAGGGAGCAGGGGGAGCGGCUGCGAUGUGUGCGAGUACACUGCGCAUGCGUGGCGACUCGCACAUCGCAGCAGUGUGUCUGCUCGUAGCGGCACAUUGCUGCUCCAAGCAGGUACAUCUCAGGCACCAAUUAGGGGUCCAUCAUCGGCAAAUCCGCAGCAUAAAAUACGCUGUGGAUCCACUCAUCUGAAUGUACCCUAAAGCUGGAUUCAUACUCUGGGUUCACACUGUGGUGCAUUUCUGAGCAGAUCACCCAAAAGAUCCACCCAGAAAUGCAUUGCCGUCUAUGGGGACGGCAAUGCAGUCUGUGCGGUCUUAGUACCGCCGGCUAAAUCUUUGGCAGAAAUUCUGCACAGAGAUUCCGUAGUGUGAACCUAGCCUAAGGGUCUAUUCACACGGGCGAAAUUUCCGCUUGAGGAAUUCCGCCUCAAAUUAAAGCCCAUAG